GAAAAUUUUCAUUUAGAUGAUCUGGAGAAGGCAAAUAUUUUCGCCGUGCAAGUUGAUUCGACAAUUGCAGUUCCCGACCUACGAUAAAAAGAAGAGGACGAUAGGGCCGGUUUUCGACCGUUUAUAUUUAAAUAUCCUCGAUCCUCGCCGUUGUCGUUGCAGCAGCGAUAUAUCUUUUUCCUCGUCCCGCCAACGGUAUUAUUCGACUUUUGCGCAGUCCAAGAUGUCUUCUGAGGAGAUCACACACGCUACCAUUAAGGCUUAGUUCCCGUUUGGUCGACUAGUUGACGUUAUUCACAUGCCAAUCAUAAACGGGAUCCCCUCUGCCCCUCCCCCUCCUUUUUUUCUUAUCGUGUUGAUCGCGAUUGUGCAACAUAUCUGAGGUUCAUGAUAUCUACACUUUUACGUAUAGAUAUCGUAUACACGACUUGGUCUUAUAACUAUCCUUCAUAAUUCACUCUCUUAAUAUUUACAUUAUAAAUCUAGUUAAGUCUAUCUUUUGCUAACUAUCUCGCAGAUGGCUGGUUCAGAGAAAUCUCUGAGAUGUGGCCGGGCCAGGCCAUGACUCUGAAGGUGAAGAAGGUCCUCCACCACGAGAAGAGCAAGUACCAGGAUGUGCUCAUCUUCGAGUCCACCAACUACGGUACCGUCUUGGUCCUGGACAACGUCAUCCAGUGCACCGAGCGUGACGAGUUCUCCUACCAGGAGAUGAUCACUCACUUGGCUAUGAACUCCCACCCCGACCCCAAGAAGGUGCUGGUCAUCGGCGGCGGUGACGGAGGUGUCCUACGCGAGAUUGUCAAGCACGAGUGCAUCGAGGAGGCUGUCCUCUGCGACAUCGACGAGGCCGUCAUCCGCCUCUCCAAGCAAUACCUACCCGGCAUGGCCGAAGGCUUCAAGCACCCCAAGGUGAAGGUGCACGUCGGGGACGGCUUUAAGUUCCUAGACGAUUACAAGAACGCCUUCGACGUAAUCAUCACAGACUCGUCGGACCCCGAGGGUCCCGCCGAGAGCCUCUUCCAGAAGUCGUACUUCCAGUUGCUGCACGGUGCUCUUCGACCCGGCGGCGUCAUCACCACCCAAGCUGAGAACCAGUGGCUCCACCUACCACUCAUCGCCAAGCUGAAGAAGGACUGCAAAGAGGUGUUCCCCGUGGCCGAGUACGCAUACACCACCAUCCCGACGUACCCAUCAGGCCAGAUUGGCUUCAUGGUGUGCUGCAAGGAGGAGGGCCGCGACGUUAAGAAGCCCCUGCGCUCCUGGUCCCCCGAGGAGGAGGAGCGUCUGUGCAAGUACUACAAUGCUGAGAUCCACAAGGCUAGCUUUGUUCUGCCUACCUUUGCCGCGAAGGCUCUCCAAUAGACGCGUUAAAGCGCGAGGGAAGUGAAAAGGUGGUUAGAUGGGCUGGGCUACGAUACCGAGUGGCCCGGACGAUGAAGGUCAUGAGAUAGUUCAAUGCCUCACGAGUAACGUGUUUAAGUCUUAAAGAGCCCAUAGGUAGCCGUUUAUAAUGAAUAGACUGGCUUAUGACCAA